CGUUUCUUCAGGCAAUGCCUUCUCAAUUACCUGAGCAUGCUGUGGUGAGCUUAUUGAAACAAUGCUUUGAGAUUCCCAGCUGUCAAGCACCUCAAUUACGCCGGCAUGUCUUCACGAGAAGCUCCACAAGAGCUGUGCGGCCAUCGGCUUCCUACAUUCAACACCAGCAGAAAUGCUACUACACACAGAACAAAGCCACAUAUGAGACAGAAACCUCUCCCCGGACUAAUAGUUUGGGCAUCAGUCUAGCACAUCGACAAGGAAGAUCCCAAUCGCCUGUGUUCGCCCAGCAACAAACCAGAGGCUAUUCGCAAGGAAGUCAACUUCCAGAAAGACGAUUUGCAGUACUCGGAGGUGGAGUAACUGGACUCUCCAGCGCCCAUUACCUGGCACAAGAGUUACCCAAUGCUAAGGUCGUCGUCUACGAGAGCGGGGAUAAUCUGGGAGGAUGGCUAAAGAGCAAGUAUGUGAACGUCAAGAAUGGCAAGAUACUUUUCGAGCAGGGGCCUCGAACUUUACGGCCAAGCACCCCAGCUUCUCUGGUCACGUUAGAGAUGGUCGAGAAACUCGGCCUCGAAGACGAAGUCCUCCUCACAUCGAAGAACUCUGAUGCUGCCAAAAAUCGAUUCAUAUACUAUCCAGACCAUCUCGUACGCAUGCCAGGUCCUGGGCAGGACUUAUACUCUAUGGCAUGGUCCGUUUUGACGGAGCCGGUCUUCACAGGUGCUUUCCGCGCGAUGUUGGAAGUGACUCGAGAUCCUCGCCCACCAAGUCUCGAAGAUGAAUCUAUUGCCUCUUUCACGAACAGGCGGUUUGGAGGUCCACAGAUUGGAGACAAUAUUGUGUCAGCUGUGAUUCAUGGCAUUUAUGCCGGUGACAUAUAUCAAUUGAGUGCGAAGAGCAUUUUUCGGAGGCUGUGGGACUUUGAGCACCAACAUGGUAGUGUGACAGAAGGUGCUGCUGUCGGGAUGCAGAGCACGAUGGCAAAAGCAAAAAGAGAUAUCAAUUACCCCGAAACUGACAUAUCUCUUCGAGGUCGGUUGAAAGGGGCUAGUGUGUAUACUUUCAAGGAGGGUAUCGGCCAAUUAUCAGCAGCGCUAGAAGCUUCGCUGAGGACAAAUCCCAAUGUCGAGUUCAAGAUAGGUGACAGGGUCACUUCCGUUGAAUACGACACCGAGAGCGACGGAAUCUCAAUCAAAACAGCCCUCAACCAGGCUCCUGAAACUUACACCCAAGCCAUCUCAGCCCUCUCCGGCAAGACUCUCUCAACCUUGACCCCCUCCGUCCUCUCCCUCUCAAGCAUGCAUGCUGUAACAGUUAUGGUCGUCAACCUGUACUACUCCGAUCCCAACAUCCUCCCAGAACGCGGUUUCGGCUACCUUAUUCCCCGCUCCAUUCCCUUCGAGCAAAACCCGGAGUGUGCCCUUGGUGUAGUCUUCGAUUCUGACGCGGUUCAAGGCCAAGAUACAGUUCCAGGUACUAAGGUCACAGUUAUGCUCGGUGGGCACUGGUGGGACGGCUUCUCCUCCUACCCUGAUGAAGAUGAAGGCGCUGCCAUGGCGAAGACGGUUCUUCGUCGUCAUUUGAAGAUUGAUGUUGAGCCUGAUGCUGUGAAUGUUGGGUUACAGAAGGACUGUAUUCCCCAGUAUGUGGUGGGUCAUGAGAAGAGGAUGAAGGCUGCGCAUGGAGAGUUGAUGCAGGGCUUUAGGGGGAAGCUGAAGGUAGCGGGGAAUAGUUAUAUGGGUGUGGGACUGAACGAUUGUGUGAUGGCGGCGAGAGAUAUAGUUAUGGCGAUCAAGAGGGGUGGUGGUGGUGGAACGGGUUUGGAGAGCUUCAAGGACUAGGUGGUAGAGAGGGUAUAUGAAAUGAAUAGGUAGAUGGGAAGACAAAAUGUACAGUACAUAUAGUGUUAGACUAUAGGCACAGCAUAUAUAGAUCAUGACAGGUUUCUGGGAGAAACUCCUUCC